CAUAGAAGAAAGACAAAGACAUAUGUAAAUCAUAAAUUAUUUGAAACUUCAUUAAAAGUUUUUCGAGAAAAGAUAAACGCAAAAGUUACAACUUCAUUCUUAAUGUUUUUCGUUCCUCCUCUAUGAGCCGAGAGAAUUUAGUGCCCAUAAUGAUUAGACGCGAUGUAGAGAGCUUUAAUAUGGAAGACUUCGAUGACCGUUAUGUGCGUCAUGCAUUCAUUUCGAAAGUAUUCGGUAUACUUGGCGCGCAAAUCGUUUUGACACUCGGUAUUGUUCUCCUCUUCGUUUACGUUGAUGCCAUACAGGAUUUCGUUGAAGAACACCGUUGGCUUAUGUGGCUAGCGUUGGGUUGUGUGAUGAUUACAAUGAUACCGAUUAUGUGUUGUGAAAGUGCACGACGUAGUUUUCCAGUGAACUUCAUACUUCUUAUACUAUUCACGGUGGCCGAAUCGUUUCUAUUGGGUUGCAUCGCCAUUCGGUAUACGCCCGAUGUCGUUCUUUAUGCCAUCGGUAUAACGGCAAUUGUAGUGCUGGUUCUCACUAUAUUUGCCAUGCAAACAGCAAUCGAUUUCACCGCAUGCGGUGCCAUCCUCUUAAUCGGUACAGUUAUUUUACUUAUCAUCGGACUCGUGGCCAUCUUUGUGCCCUCCCGUACCCUAAUUAUAGUCUACUGCUCCAUCGGGAUUGUCAUAUUCUCAUUUUACAUAAUCUUCGACAUACAAAUGAUGCUCGGUGGCAAGCAUAAGUACGCAAUUAGUUCAGAAGAUUAUAUAUUUGCAGCCUUGAGUAUUUACACAGAUGUGGUCACCUUAUUUAUGUAUAUACUUACCCUAAUGGGCAUUGUGGACAAUUGAGAAAAGCGAAGUAAUGGUAAAACAUUUAUGGAGUUAACAAAUUAUAUUUUUUUGAGUUUGUCAUUAAUUUAUUUAUUUAACACAUACAUACAUACAUAUAAUAUUACUUUG